GGCAGCCGCCGCGCAGGGAGGAUUCAUCCGCUGCCAACCAUGCAACGCCUCCUUUCACAUUCAGUCCCCGGGCACAGACGCUGUUGGGGCGCAACGAUCUCCGCCGAGACGCCGAACCACCUGCGUCCUCUUUGAUUUAGUCGUAAAAAUAAACGGAAUCGAGUGGCUUGGAUCAAGUGUGGACGGGAACCGGGACCAGAUGUUGCUGAAGGCGACCCUGUGAGCGGCGGGUGUGAGUGAGCGGGAGGCAGACUUCACGAUGGCUUAGCCGGCUGCUGCCGUCUCCUUCCGCGCUCGGAGCCGCAGAGGGCUGCAUCUUUUUCCGGCUGGAUGACACCCUCACCUGGAUCUACUUGUUUCUUCGGAAGCUGGAGCCAUCUGGUUUCGCCCUUGGCCUCAGAUGAACUGAUGUAAGCUGGGCCCACACCACUCAGUCAGUCUGCCGCUGCCUGCUGCAGAGACCCCUCUCUGCCCAUCUCCCUCCCCAGCGAUGGCGGGCUUCAAACGGGGUUACGACGGAAAGAUCGCCGGCCUGUAUGACCUGGACAAGACUCUAGGCCGUGGGCACUUUGCUGUGGUCAAGCUGGCACGCCACGUGUUCACGGGGGAGAAGGUGGCCGUGAAGGUGAUCGACAAAACCAAGCUGGACACGGUGGCCACCGGCCAUCUUUUCCAGGAAGUCCGCUGCAUGAAGUUGGUGCAGCAUCCCAACAUAGUCCGCCUGUACGAAGUGAUAGACACUCAGACAAAGCUGUACCUCAUCCUGGAGCUGGGCGAUGGAGGAGACAUGUUCGACUAUAUCAUGAAACACGAGGAAGGCCUGAAUGAAGAGUUGGCGAAAAAAUACUUUGCUCAGAUUGUCCACGCCAUCUCCUACUGCCAUCGUCUCCACGUGGUGCACAGGGACCUGAAACCUGAGAAUGUGGUGUUCUUUGAAAAGCAAGGACUAGUAAAACUCACCGACUUUGGAUUCAGCAACAAGUUCCAGCCGGGGAAAAAGCUGACCACCAGCUGUGGAUCUCUGGCAUACUCUGCUCCCGAAAUCCUGCUGGGUGACGAGUACGACGCUCCAGCUGUAGACAUCUGGAGUCUGGGCGUGAUCCUGUUCAUGCUAGUGUGUGGCCAGCCCCCCUUCCAGGAGGCCAAUGACAGUGAGACCCUCACCAUGAUCAUGGACUGUAAAUACACCGUCCCAACCCACGUCUCCGGUGUUUGCAGGGACUUGAUAGACCGCAUGCUACAGAGAGACCCCAAGCACAGAGCCUCCCUGGAAGAGAUUGAAAGUCAUGCUUGGCUCCAGGGAGUUGAUCCAUCACCUGCCACCAAGUACAACACUCCCCUGGUCUCGCACAAGAAUCUGUCAGAGGAGGAGCACAACAGCAUUAUCCAGCGCAUGGUGCUGGGGGACAUCGCUGACCGAGAAGCCAUCAUUGAGGCCCUGGAGACCAACAAAUACAACCACAUCACAGCAACAUAUUACCUGCUGGCAGAGAGGAUCCUGAGGGAGAAGCAGGACAAGGAGGUCCAGCCGCGCUCCUCCAGCCCCAGCAGCAUCAAGGCGCACUUCAGGCAGUCGUGGCCGUCGCGGGUGGACAUGCACCAGGACAUAGAGGACACUUUGGCAGCAUCGUCCAUCUCUCAUGCUGGAGGCCCCCAGUCUCCAGCUCGCAGCGCAGAGAGCCUCCUCAACGGGCAUCGCUCCAAAGCCAUGAUGGAACUGGGCCUGCAGGAAGACGCUUCUGUGACCGACUCUGCGGGUUUCCCAGCUCAGGGAGCAGCUGCAGGGGGGCCGGCUCCAGCCUGCAUCCCUGAGACCCCCAGGGCCCCCGCUCCCUCCACCUCCACUGCAACCAAGCAGAGGAGCUGCCUUUUCAGGGUGGAGGAGGAUGAGGAGGAGGAUGAAGAGCAGGAUCUGUCUCCUCUACCAACCAAGGUCAUCCUGCGCCGCAAACCGCCCUCCCUCACCAACCGGCUGACGUCCCGGAAGAGCGCCCCCGUACUCAACCAGAUCUUUGAGGAGGGGGAGUCGGACGACGACUUCUCCACCAACGAGGGGCUGCCCCCCAAACUCAGCCGACUUAAGAUGAACAUGGGCGGGACCGUGAGCUCGGGGGCCGCCACGUCCCCGGGGGCCACACAGAAGCGCUUCCACCGACGCAAGAGCCAAGGCAGGGGGUCGUCCUGCUCCAGCUCCGAGACCAGCGACGACGACUCGGAGAGCCACCGCAGGCGGAUGGAUAAAGACUCCGGCUUCGGAUACAGCUGGAACCGAAGAGACAGCAGCGAGGGCCCCCCCGGCAGCGAGGGUGGGAAUGGAGGAGGGAGCAGCUCGGGACAGGGAGGGGGCUUCUCUGGCUUUGACCAGGGGGGUCCGCCUGGCUCAGGUGGAGAUGGUGCAGGAGAGGGUAAUGGAGCAGGAGGAGGAGGUGGGACUGGAGGGGGGGCGAGUGGAGGACACAGCAGCCCCUCUACAUGUUGUAAUAACUGCAGCAGCGCCGAGCCCCCCCCCAGCCCUGUGUCUCAGGUCUUUUGCAUGGGGGGGCGGGGCGCCGCUCUGGUGGAGAGUCUGAAGCUGAUGAGCCUGUGCCUCAGCUCCCAGAUGCAGCAGCGCUGCGGGGGGCGUGGGGGCGGAGUCACACUGGUCAUAGACCCCAGCAGGGUGACAAUCCAGAAGCCAGCCCUCCCCACAACCAACCUUGUAUGCUCCCCGACCAUUCGGCCCCCCCCUCACAAAACAGCAGGCGCCUCAGACUCUCACAAGCUGACAGCCCUGAAAAACGGAGUAUUGCAGCUUCCGCUGUGUGACGCCACCAUCUCCGUGAAGAUCCGGCGCGGCGGGGGCUCCACCGACAGCCUGCUCUGCAGCGCCGCUCGAGUCAGCUGCUGUCAGGUGGUCUGAGGCGGCCCCCCCUGCUCCGAGUGGGCUUAGCGUGUUUGAGCUUUUGACGGCGUUUUGUUUUGUAAUGCACUUUGACUUUCUCCAUGUGAGCCUUUACUUUGAAAAUCCAACCCGUCGCCAUGGAAAUGAUCCUGGGACGCUGGAACGAGAGCGUUGCAGUUAUCACGACGACACACAGAAACUUCUCCUUGCUUUCCGGCGCUGUGGCUCAAAAACUGAGAGCGUCUGAGAAAACGAGGGAAGAAGAAUAAAUGUCUGACAGUUUGUGACAGAAAAACUAACGUGGAUCAAAAUCCUGCAGAAUCCAUUGGAUCACACAGCAGCACAUUCAGAGAGGAGGAGCAGGAGAGACCGAUCCAUAUGUGUGUGUGUGCAUGUGUGUGUGUGUGGUGGUGGUGGGGGUGGGGGGGGGGGCUGCAUUCUGCUGGAACAGGAGCGUUAAAGCAAAGUGGCGUGUUCACACCUGUACUGUACUCUGAUCAUGAACCUCUGUGUCAUUCUGCUUUUAUUACCUAUGGCCGUUUUCGGGAGCAAAUCACUGAAGGAUUCCCUUUAUAACGAACCCCCCCCCCCCCCAGGCCGUGGUGCAGGGGCCUGGUACCAGGGUUCCUGGUGUCAAACUUUAGGCCUUCCUGCUGGUUUUUCCCCCAAAUCCUGCUGUAUCUGCUGUCGAUCACCUGGAUCAGGUGUGUUUAGCCAAUAAGGAGCCUCAAAGGCAGGUUGGUUGGAUGGAAAAUGUGUUGGACGACGGCCCCCCAGGCCUGGAUUCUGACAACCCUACAGCCUCCCUCCACGUGCAGCAGCUGACAGGCAGAACCCGUUCUAAGAAAAGCUCCAGAAAAGGAUGUUUCCAAAAUAAAAACAGGGUUUCUAUGGAAACAUGUUUGCAUUGGCCACCCCAGUCGGGUUUACAGAACUGGGGGGGGGGGUAUGCUUACAGGGGACACACACACACUCCUUAAAAUGAAGAGCAUCAGUGUUCAUUCAGGACCCAGAAGAAGUGACAGGAUUCAGAUGUGUGUUUGGUUUGUGUGUCUGUUUUGGGGGAGAGGGGGGGUGAAGCUCUGAGAGAAAUCCAGGAAAACGUGGACAGAUCUUUUUUUUUUUCCCUUUAGGGGUGUGUAAAUAGUUGUACAUAAGGUGCUGGUUUUGUCCUUCAGGGCUCUGUUCAGGUUUCCAGGUGAUCUCUACUGUGGUGGAAUGUUUCACGUGUGUCAACUAUAAAAUCCAAACCGUAAAGUGGAGCACGGCAGAACCUGUCCGGGAGCAGGAGUGUCCUGGUUUGACAGACGUCCAGCUCUCGCCUGCAGAAAUGUUUCUGGACCAAAAACAACAGAAGAUGAAGAUGGUGUGAAUUCCGUAGAUGUCUGUAUAUUUAUCUAAGCUCAUGUCAAGAGAAUAAAGCUGAAAGCGUCUCCUCUCACGGGG